ACAAUGAGAAUCUUUGCAUUUAUAUUUGCUGCUUUCAUUCUUCUUGCUCAGAUUUUUUCAGGCAGGGCAGGAUUUUACAGAUCACAAUACUGUCAGAAGAUGGAUGGUCGCUGUGAAAUUGAAUGUCUUUCCUUUGAAGUGAAGAUUGGUGGUUGCAGAUCUGAUUUGACUCCACUUUGCUGCAAAAGAUUAAGUAAAUAUUAA